AUGCUUCCACAGCUAGCAUAUUCCAAAGUAUCCGGCAACUAUGACCACAACUCGAUCCUUCGCCGACUUUCUUGUGUUUAUUAUGGCCCAAAUAAGGUCUCAGAAGCCGAAGGUCGCCUUGUCAGUCUUAAGCAGGACACAGAUCCCCUUGCCGUCUUCCUCGCCAGAUUUGAACGCAUUCUUUACGGAGCUCAUGGCCAUGAUUGGCCAGACGUUGCGAAGAUAGCCGCCUUUCUCGAAUGCUUGAUUCCAACAUCUGAGCCAACAUCUCAAGCCUCCCUUUCAAGGUACAUCGACACUACUGGUCGUAGUGCAAAUUAUACCAAGAAAGCUAUUAUGUAA